GCUAUUAUUUAUUUCAGUUUUGUGGACAUUCAUGGAUAUUUACCAAUAUGAUCAUCAGAUUCCUUUCAUUUGGGGAAGAUUCUGUUGCAGAUACUUUUCAUUCUAUUGGGCUGGUGAUGCGUAUUUGCCAGCUAGCAUCCAUACUAGAGCUUCUGCAUAUUUGGUCUGGCAUUGAGAAGGAUCAGUUUUUUCCAAGAUUCUUACAGAUCACAGAAAGAAUUGUCAUCUUAUUUGUUGCCAUAGCAAGUCAAGAAGAAGUUCAAGGGAAAGGCAUUGUAUGUGUCUUGUUUUUCCUUUGGAGUUGCAUUGAUGUCAUCAGAUACACACACUGCAUACUAUUGGAGAGAGGGAUAUACUUUCAAGGACUAGCUUGGCUCUAUCAUUCACUGUGGAUUCCUUUCUAUCCUCUCUCAGUUUUGGCUCAAGCAUUUGCCAUAUAUGAAUCGUUGCCUCACUUUGAAACCUCAGGCACUUACUCCAUCCGAAUACUCUUUCCAUUGGAUCUAACUGUUUACUUUCCCUACGUACUGAAAAUGUACAUGGCAAUAUUGUUUGGUGGUGCCUAUUUCAUUGUUCAGUAUCUUUAUAUGGAGCGGAAGACUCAUCUAAGAAGCAGCAACAUCAAAGAGAAAAGCAGCUAA